CCUCCCCAAGAAGGUCCUAAUCAGACGUAUCACUAGAGGCUAACGAAUCCUCAGGAUGUAAACAUAGUGACAGGUGGAUGAAAGAAACUGGAAAAUGGUCUUCGAAAGCGUGGUAAUUGACGUCCUCAACCGGUUUAUAGGGGACUACGUUGUCAACCUCGACAGCUCACAGCUAAAGCUUGGCAUAUGGGCAGGCGAUGCUGUUCUCAAAAAUCUUGAGAUAAAGGAAAAUGCCUUGAGUCAACUCGACAUUCCUUUUAAAGUGAGAGCCGGUCACAUCGGUCAACUGCAGCUUAAGAUUCCAUGGAAGAACCUCUACAAUCAGUCAGUAGAGGCUAAACUGGAUGGCGUCUAUCUGCUCGUCGUCCCAACAGCAAGUAUAAAAUAUGAUGCCGUAAAAGAGGAAAAGCAACUGCAGGAGGCUCGUCAGAGAGAGUUACAGCGGAUAGAGGAGACAAAGCUGAAGGCUGCAGAAAAAGAGGACCCCAAUCUGGAAAAACAGGACACCUUUGUGGAGAAGCUCGUCACUCAGGUCAUCAAAAACCUGCAGGUCAAGAUCUCUAACAUCCACGUACGCUAUGAAGACGAUGUCACUAAUCCAAAAUGUCCCUUGUCAUUUGGAGUAUCACUUAAAAACCUCAGUCUUCAGACAUCUGAUGAAAACUGGAAUCCCAGACUGUUGGAUGAGCAUUCCAGGCUUUUCUUCAAGUUGGUACAACUAGAAAACUUGUUUGCCUACUGGAAUGUAAACUCCGUACUCUUCUCCAACCACAGUGCAGAUGAGGCCUUGCAAUGUCUCCAGAAAAGCAUGGGAACCGGCAACUCUUUUUCUGUCAGCCAUGACUUCAUUUUUCGCCCUAUCUCAGCGCGUGCUAAACUGCGGAUGAAUCCCAGGUCAGAUGUGGACUUCUCCUCUCCCAAGGUGGAUCUAAUGGUCAAUCUCAGUGAGGUUGCCAUUGAACUCAACAGACCUCAGUACAUCAGCAUCCUGGAGCUGCUGGGCUCAGUGGAUAUGAUGUCUCGCAAUCUGCCGUACAGGAAGUACAGACCAGAGGUUGGCGUUAACAAGAAUGCACGCAUUUGGUGGAAGUACGUGAUCACAGGCAUCCUGGAAGUGGAUGUGAAGCCCUGCCUCCACAUGUGGUCGUGGAAGAGCAUUCGCAGUCACCGCAGGAUGGUAAAAUGUUACAAGGAGCUCUACAAGACCAAAAUCACCAGCAAGAAACCCAGCCCAGAGCUGCUCAAGGCACUAGAGGAGCCUGAGAAGACCUUGGAUAUUUUUAACAUCACAUUGGCCAGACAGCAGGCUGAGGUUGAGGCAAGUAAGGCGGGCCUACGCAUUUACCGUCCAGGGCUCAAGAUGGAGGAAGAGGAGUCUGAGGGCUGGUUGAGCUGGAUGUGGAGUUGGGGAGGACAGGCUGAUGCAGCCACAAAAGAUGUCAAGUCUGGAGUCUUCAAUGAGCUGUUAACCCCUGCUGAGAAGUCCAAGCUCUACACUGCUAUUGGAUACAGUGAGGCAACUGCCAAUCCCAACCUGCCAAAGGAUUUUGAAGACAUGAAGGUCAACUUCCACAUGGAGAGGUUGUCUAUCUCCAUCAAAGACAACAAAGACAGAAAUGAGAUCAUCAGGCUGACUGUGGGGGAGCUCAAGUCCACACUCACACAGAGAGCUGGAGCACAAGCCAUCAAACUCACAGCUCAGCUCAGUCUGUUUGAAGUCACCGGCCUGGCCAGUGACCGGCCUGCACCAACCGUCCUGUCAUCAAAGAAGGCCGCCACAGGAGCAGGAACCCCGCUGCUCUGCAUCUUGUUUGAGACCAACCCGUUGAAUGAGAGCGCUAACCAACGCCUUCAUGUGGAAUCGCAACCCUUGGAAAUCAUCUAUGAUGCUAUAACGGUGAACAGCAUGUCGGCGUUCUUCAUGCCUCCUGACGACCUGCAGCUGGAUGAGCUCACCAACGCAACCCUCAUGAAACUGGAGCAGUUCAGAGACCGCACAGCCACCGGUUUAAUGUAUGUGAUCGAAACACAGAAAGUGCUCGACCUGAAGGUGAACCUGAUGGCGUCCUACGUCAUCAUUCCACAAACUGGCUUUUACAAUGGCACUCAGAACAUCCUUCUGUUGGACCUUGGGCAUUUCAAGAUGUCCAGUAAAAGCCAGGAGCAUCUGCCUCAGCUGUCUGCAUAUUCCAGCAACAUUGAGGACAUCAUGUCCAGAGCAUACGACAGCUUCGACAUACAACUUAGCAGCCUGCAGUUCCUUUAUAGCAAACCAGAUGGCAACUGGAAAAUGGCCCGUAAGCAGAGACAGUCACCGCUGCACAUUCUAGAGCCAGUAGAUCUGAAAAUGGUUUUCAGCAGGGCGAUGGUCAGCAAAGACUUACGCAUGGCAAAGUAUAAGAUGUCAGGAGAGCUCCCCUUGCUCUCUAUGCGUAUUUCUGAUGUCAAACUCCGAAAUGUCCUGCAGCUGGUAGAAAGCAUCCCCCUGCCUGAGAGCAGGUCUGAUGCACGCACCAAUGCUUCAUCCUCCACUCCAAAGACAAAGCAGUCGUUCACCCCACAGCUCACUCCCAGAAGUCACCGGAAGUUAGCUGAUCAGCGCUCCUCUCUUUUUUUUGAGUCAUGUGAGACCAUCAGCAUCACCUCAUUGGGGUCAGAGGAAGACUUGUUCUUCGAUGCUCCAAGCUCUCCCAUCGGUAAUCAGCCAUUCUUCCCAGAUAACCCUAUGCCGCUGAGCUACAAAAGAAAAGUUUCAGAAACUCCAAAGAACAUGACGGAAUUCAUCAUGACGUUUGAAAUCAGUGAGUUUUCCGUUCAGUUGUGUCGUCUAUCUGGGGAUCAGGAGGUAACAGUGCUCCACUUGGACAUAGAGGGCCUCGGCACUGAGCUGAAGAUACGCACCUUUGACAUGACAUCAAACACCUACCUACGAGAGAUCUGCCUCAAGUGCCCCGAAUACAUGGAUUCGGAGAAGAAGCAGGUUCAGCUGAUCACCACUCUAGACAACACAGAAGUUGACCUUCUUACCCUGGAGUAUAUUAAAGCUGAUAAGAAUGGCCCUGAGUUCAAGUCUCAACACAACAACACAGAGGAACUCAUUAAGGUGACCUUUUCAUCCCUGGAUGUCCAUCUCCAUACGGAGGCUCUACUUAACACCAUGAACUUCCUCAACAACCUCCUUCCUGCAUCAACUAAGAAGGAGGGGGCACCUGAGGAGCUCCCCGCCAUCCCCGAAGAGGACGAGGCAGAAGCAGAGCGGGAGGGAGAGAAGAAGGAGGAAGCCGCCGUAUCCAGGAAAAAAAGCACAAAGAAUUCUAAGUUUGCAAAUGUGAUAAAUCGUCAUAUCAGAGCUGAUCUCCGCUCGCUGAAGGUUUUUAUUCGAGGACAGAAAGCCAGGAUCUCCGAGAUUAGGAUUGAAGGUCUGGUGUCUGAGGUUCUGAUGAGGAAAAAAGAGAUGGAGGUUCAGGCAAACCUGAAGAACAUUGUGAUCUUAGACUGUGACAAAGAUGCAGUUUACAAAAAGGCUGUGUCAAUUGCAGAUAAGGAAGUGUUUGCUUUCCGAAUGGUAAACUAUACAAACGCAACAGAGGGAGAUGCCUAUCUGGACAUGUCUAAAGUGGACACUUCUGUCAUGCUGACUGUGGGAUGCAUUCAGGUCAUCUUCCUUAACAAGUUUGUCUCCUCCAUACUGGCAUUCAUCAAUAACUUCCAGGAGGCCAAAGAGGCCCUGACUGUGGUCACAGUCCAGGCUGCAGAAAAGGCAGCAUCCGGUGUGAAGGAGCUGGCAGAGCGCAGCACUCGGAUCGCUCUGAACGUCCACUUCAAUGCGCCGGUCAUCUUCCUGCCGCAGUCCUACUCUUCCUCCAAUGUCAUCGUAGCUGACCUCGGUCUGCUGUCAGUCAAGAACUGCUUUGCUAAGCAGCCCUCUAUAAGUGAUGCAAAGAUCCCACCUGUUGUGGAUAGAAUCAUCAUAAAAUUGACUGACCUCAAGAUGUACAGGACCACCUUCGUAGGUGAAGGUUUUCAGGGAGAGACCCAGCUGUUGAUGCCAGUCAGCCUACAUUUGGAAAUCCAAAGAAAUCUUUCAUUCAACUGGUACCACAGCAUACCCGACAUAGAGAUCACUGCUCAUCUUAAACCCAUCAGUCUGAUCCUCAGCCAGGAUGACAUGAUCGUGGUCUUGAGGACUCUUAGUGAGAACCUGUCAGAGCAGUCUGAUGCUCUUCCACCUCCAGCUCCUCCGCCCACCACUGACCUCUCCUCUGACUCUGCGUCUCUUAAAGAGUCCCAGGGCUCUGGGACCACUGGACCAGCCAGCAGUAACACAGUAGUGAUCGCUGCUGUUGUGGAGCCCCAGAAAAGCAUCAAGCUGAAGAGCAAACUCAAAUUAGACUUCAAGUUUGACUCCAUGACCCUCGUCUUGUAUAGUCCAAAUGUGAAUCAGACCCAGCUGUUGGAUUCCCACAAUGAGCUGUUGAAGUUGGCAGAGUUCACUAUGGGCACCAUCUCCACCUCCGUCCACAUGUUCUCCGACGACACCAUGAAGGCCUCAGUCCGGCUGGCUGUGUGCCUUCUAGAUGACAAGAGACCGCAAAUAAAGAUGGUCACCCCGAGGAUGAUUGCAAUGCGUCCUGGAGCAGAACAGAACAUGAUGGUAGAGGUGAACUACCGUCAGGGCCGUGACGGCACCACUUUGGACACAGUGGUGCAGGAUGUGUACCUCUGUGCCAGCAUGGAGUUCCUUCUCACGGUGGUGGAAAUCUUUCGCAUGGCCACCCAGCAGGGUUUCGAUCAGAAGCCUCAACCCAAGAGCAGUGCUGGAGCGGGAGAGAAGAAGAAUAUUAACUCCUCCACCACAUCUAAAGAGUCCACUGUAGCUCCAGCUGUGGUGUCAAAGACGGAGAUGAAUGUGGUGGUGCGUAACCCGGAGAUUGUGUUUGUGGCUGACUUGACGCGCGCCGACGCCCCGGCCCUGGUGAUGACCACGCAGUGUGAGCUGUUGAUGAAAAGCGACGCAGAGGGAUCCCAAAUGACUGCUGUCAUCAAGGACCUCAAGGUCGUGGCCUGUCCCUUCCUGAGAGAGAAAAGGGAAAAAAAUGUGACCACAGUGCUGCAGCCAUGUCAGGUGUUCUUCAAGAGUGCUCAGUCCCCGACGUCCCCUCAGGCCAUGGAGGUCUCCAUCAAUGCUCUCACGCUGAAGGUAUCUCCGAUAAUCAUCAACACAGUGAUGACCAUCCAGUCUGCACUGACUACCUGGUCGACCCCUAAAGAGACGCCCAAAGCGUUGGAUAGUCCUGUUCCCGUAGACCUCUGGGAGAAACGGAGCUGGAAGGACCUCAAAUUUUGGUUCCUGGAAGAGGAGGGGGAUGAAAUCCAAGAGGCAGCGGCCCCACUGGUACCACAGGGAGAGUCAUUACAGGUGACCAUCAGAUCUGUCUGCCUCACUCUGGAGGCUGGAGUGGGACACCGAACCAUCCCCAUGCUUCUGGCCAAGUCCUCCUUCCAUGGAGAUGUCACAAACUGGUCUACACUCAUUAACUUACACAGCGAGCUUAACCUGGAGGUUAACUAUUACAACGAGAUAAUGGGUGUGUGGGAACCGCUGCUGGAGCCCUUAGAAGAUGAGAAGACCGAUGGUUUUAGAUCAUGGAGACUGGAACUGAAGAUGAAAAAGAAGCCAGUGAAGUACACUAAUUUGUCAGAUGAGGUGGAUUACUAUGUCCCCGACUAUAAGACCAUUAUCGUCAUCAGCAGUAAAGACCAGCUCAACAUCACCCUCACCAAGUCCGGCCUGGUCAUGCUCGGUAACCUCGGCACGGCAUUUGCAGAGGCCGCCAAACAGACCGCAGACUCUUUCCAGAAGGACGAAGCUCCGUUUGUGGUGAAAAACCGCCUCGGCCUGCCCGUGUCCUUCCGCCACAGCGAGAUGUUUUGUCCCAUCAGCGAGCAGAGCACCAACGGCACUGUGAAGAUGCAGGAUGGGGAAACCAUUGGGAUGGACUAUUCCACAAAAGCAGACUCUGACCAGUUCUCAGCAAUGAUCUCCUUGAGUGGAAAGGACUACUACAUAGAGCCUACGCCAAUGGGCCACACCUCAGCCGGUGUGAUCCCCUUGAUCAAGGUGGGCGGAGGCAUGUACAACGUCAUGCACAACGACUCGCGAGUGACUCGUUUCCUGGUCUGUCAGAUUUACUCUGUGGAGGGAAGCAAGUACAUCAAGAUCCGCUCUCCGUUCCAGAUCAUCAAUCAUUUCUCCAUCCCCUUCAAAGUUCUGGAAGGAUCAACUUGUCUGGGUACAGCUCUCCCUACCGAAGAGUUUUGUGUGCCUCUGGACUCGUACAGGUCGGAGCUCAGCCUCCAGCCGGUAACGGAGGACGAUGCCGAGGAUCAGGCUGAGCAGUUUGAGUGCUCAGAGGGCUUCAGCUAUGAAGAAUUUAGCAACCUGCAGCCACAAACAUGCCUCAAUCAGUCCUGCCGUCGCCGUGGAGAUCAGGGUGGCGUAAUGAUGGUCAACAUGGUGCCAUUAAGAGAUGCUGUGACAUUCAAACACAGUGGAGGUGUUGGGGAUAACUUUGACGUUCCCUUUGUGCUUCACCUGUGGCCUUCCAUCCUGCUACGCAACCUGCUGCCUUACCCCAUCUCUUACAAACUCAAGGACAGUGGAGCCUCUGCCCCCGAGGCCACUUUGAACCCAGGCCACUCGGCCCAGCUUCACACUGCAGUCAUCAACCAAUCAAGACUCGAGCUGCGUCUACUCAACUACUUGGCUCAGGACUGGUCAUCCGAGUACAGUUUUCACAGUGACAAGGAAGAGAUCACCUUCAUCGUGUUCCAGUCUCUAGGAGAGAAUGACGAAGACGAGUGCGACGGGACAGGGAUGAAGAAGGCGGAGCUCGAUAUAGCAGUGCACGUCAAAUAUGACCUGGGGCAAACGGUGGUUGCCAUCCACUCACCUUAUUGGAUGGUGAAUAAGACCGGCAGGUUGCUGCAGUACAAAGCUGACGAUAUCCACCGCAAACACCCGCUGGACUACGACAUGCCUCUGCUCUUCUCCUUCAAGCCUCAUUACUUCCUGAAAAACAACAAGGUGCGUCUUAUGAUCUCAGACAGUGAGCUCUCUGAUGAUUUCUCCCUGGAUACAGUUGGCAGCCACGGAGAUGUCAAAUGCAAAGGUCAUGUCAAGGAUUACUUGGUGGGUGUGAAGAUUGACAGUAGCAGUUUCAGUCUGACCCGCAUCGUGACCUUCGUGCCGUUUUACAUGCUGGUCAACAGAACCAAGCACAGCGUGUUCGUAUGUGAAGUGGGGCAGUCCAACUGGACAGAGGCUCGGCCAGAACAGUCAGCCAUUCCCUUCUGGCCUGAGAAUGACACCAAGCAACUAAGGAUCAAAGUGGAAGGUUGUUUAUCGCCUCCUCGGAUAAUUGACUUCACACGGCCGGAAAACUGCUUACUGCUGCAUCUGGACAACUCUGUGGGGGGGAUCACGGCAGACGUGAACUUGUCAGAGCACUCGGCCACGAUCCGAUUCUUGGAGUACCACGACGGUGCUGCCCCCUUCCUCAUCAUCAACCACACUAAAGACCAGACUCUGCAUUUCCAUCAGAGCGCCCGCAGAGAUUCCUGGUGGGUGGCUGACGAGCUACUCGACCUCUCCUUCUCACUGGAGGAGGACAGCUCUCAGAAGGAGGCGGAGCAGCAGGAGGAGCUGCAGGCUGGGAAAGCUGUGCACUACACCUGGAACGAACCCACUGGGUCCCGGGAGCUUUGCUGGAAGUGUGGUACUUACAGUGGGAAGCUGAAGACUGAGGAGGACCUGCGUGAGGACAUGAACAAUAAAGGAAAACUGUUUGUGAUCUCCUUUUAUGAAGGGCUCCAGCGCGUGGUGCUGUUCACUGAGGAGCAACGGAUCUACAAGAUGCUCUGUGAGAGCGAGAAGGCACAACUGGCCGAACAGGAAAUCAUCCUCUCGCUGCAGAACGUUGGCGUGUCUCUGGUCAACAACAUCAGCGGCCAGGAGGUCUCUUUCAUUGGCAUCACAAGCUCUGAUGUGGUGUGGGAAAUAAAGCCGAAGAAUAAGAGCCGUUGGAAAGCUCUGAGCUCUAAAGAAGCCGAGAUGCUGGAGAACAGGUUCAAUAAGUACAUUGCAUCUGGAAGCGUCGACCACGCCAUUGCCGACCUCGAUAAGAACCUUCAGGUGUCCUUUACUCCCAACGGCAUGGAUAUGAGGAUGCUGCAGCCCUAUGAUGCACCGCUCAGAAGGCACUUCCAGCCGGGGGUGAAGGUGGAGUACAGCGUGUCACCCAGACAGCAUGCCUACCGCGUUCAAAUCCACCGCAUUCAGAUCCAGAAUCAGCUGCCAGGGUCCAUCUUCCCCUAUGUUUUUUACCCUGUAAAACUACCAAAGUCCAUCACCGUGGAUGCAGAGCCAAAACCUCUAACUGAUAUCAGCAUUGUCACCAGAACAGCAGGACACUCUGACAUCUCCCGCAUCAAGUACUUUAAGGUGUUGAUUCAGGAGAUGGACCUGAAAGUGGAUUUGGGAUUCCUGUAUGCCAUCGUGGACCUGUUCACAGCGGAGAAUGCCAGCAUCAUGAGCUCAGAACAGGAGGUGGAACUGUUUGAGAAGGACAUAGAGUACAUGAAGACAGAACUAAACCAUGCCUCUGCUGCUGACACCUCUCCCAUCAGCCUCUAUGAGUACUUCCACAUUUCCCCUAUCAAGCUUCAUCUGAGUUUCUCUCUGAGUACGGGAGGAGAAGACGGCUUGAAGGAGAAGCGAGAUAAAGAACUCAUUCCCGUCCAGUCCCUCAACCUGCUGCUCAAGAGCAUAGGCGCCACGCUCACCGACGUGCAGGAUGUCGUCUUCAAGCUGGCCUUCUUUGAGCUGACCUUCCAGUUUUGUACCACCCAGCAGCUCCAAUGGGAGGUCAUCAGGCAUUAUUCCAAGCAGGCUAUUAAGCAGAUGUAUGUGCUUGUGCUGGGCCUGGAUGUACUUGGAAACCCUUUUGGUCUGAUUAGAGGACUGUCUGAGGGAGUGGAGGCUUUCUUCUAUGAGCCUUACCAGGGAGCCAUCCAGGGGCCCGAGGAGUUCGUUGAAGGAAUGGCUAUUGGGGUGAAAGCUCUGGUGGGAGGAGCUGUCGGCGGCAUAGCAGGAGCCGUCUCCAGGAUAACCGGAACCAUGGCGAAGGGCGUUGCUGCCAUAACGAUGGACGAGGAAUACCAGCAGAAGAGACGAGAGGCCAUGAACAGGCAACCCAGAGGCCUGAGGGAGGGGCUGGCUCGGGGGGGGAAGGGAUUAGUGUCCGGUUUUGUCAGUGGCAUCACAGGGAUUGUUACCAAACCUAUUAAAGGAGCUCAGAAGGAGGGUGCAGCAGGCUUUUUUAAAGGUGUUGGGAAAGGUCUGGUUGGCGCAGUGGCCAGACCUACAGGAGGCAUUAUUGACAUGGCCAGCAGUACUUUCCAAGGGAUCAAGAGGGCAGCAGAGACCUCACAGGACAUCGCCUCGCUUCGCCAUCCUCGCUUCAUCCACGAAGACGGUGUCAUACGACCAUAUAAGGAAAGCGAGGGCUUCGGAAGUCAGCUGCUCCAGAAAAUUGAGAAUGGACGUUUUGCCAAGUACAGGUACUUUGCUCAUGCGAAGGUCAAUGAGUCCGACUUCUUGAUGAUCACUAAGAGGGGAAUCUUCUUUGUGACUGAAGGCACAUUUGGCCAGCAGACGUGUGAGUGGCAGUAUCUGUUCGAAGAGUUCACCAAGGAUCCCAUCAUUGUAGAGAACAAGCGCCUUCGCAUCGAGGCCAAGGAGAGAGUCAAGUCUGUCUUCCAUGCCAAGGAGUUUGGGAAGAUCAUCAACUUCAAAGAUGCUAAGAUAGCCAAGUGGGUUCUUGCCAGAUUGGACGAUGCAAGAGACAGUUUACCCAAAUACUGACACGUCAAGAAGAGCAAGGAAUUAAAAUGAUUUAGCAAAAGAAAACGCACACAAAGUCUGUGUGUGUCAGUGCCUUUGUUCUUUACUGCAUGACACUUUGGUUCCCCUCCAUACGAGAGUCGUGCUCUGUGUGGUGACUGUUGGUGGAUGAAAGGUGUGUGUGUGUGUGUGUGUGUGCGUGUGUGUGUGUGUGUGUGUGCAUGCAUACUGAAGUGCUAGAAUUGGACAGCUGAGACACCAUUAAUUGACCCACAGAAGCUCUAAAUAACUCAAACCAAACAUCGUCUCACUGCUUUCGCUCUGAUUGCUCGUUAUUCCGCAAUUCAAAGUCGAUUUUUAAGGGUUUCUCAUUAAAGAUGAUAAAGGGAAACUAUUUAACAUGUUUUGAGUGGGAUUAUCUCUCACACAUCUAACGUGUGUUGUUUUCAAACCCACUUUCUUUUACUUCCACUGGAUCUGUUUCUCUUGCUGUUGUCAUGUCUGCUUGAUGAAGACAGUUCAGUGGCUCAUUUAGAGCUGCAUGUUAUUUUUAUACCAUAUUGUCGAGCUGUACAUUGAUCUAAUGUAGUAUCCUAUCUUAUGUAUAGAACCAUUGAACACAAAAGUCUGUAUCAUGGGGUUACAGAUUGUCAUUUUGUGGUUUUUAGGUUUUUAUACUCCACAUAUGCAAUGCCAACUAUGUUGAUAACUUAUGCAGAGAAAAGUAAAUUAAAUUAAUGCAAAUUGUGA